CCAUCAAGUGGGUGAAAUCUGGCAGAUCAGCACCAGCCCGGCAGAUAAAGGGGUGCUCGCCACCUGCUACGGCAAAAUUUCCGACAGUAAAGUCGUGUCCUGCGCGGCCGUGUGGAGGAUGCCUAAGGAAUUGGAAUUAGGCAGUCACGAAUCCCCGGAUGAUUCAUCAAGCAACGCUCAAACCCUGAAGCUACUCUGUCACCUUGACAACACAGCCCACGGCAACAUGGCCUGUGUUGCCUGGGAGCCAAUGGGAGAUGGGAAAAAAAUCAUUUCGUUGGCGGAUAAUCAUCUACUACUGUGGGAUUUACAAGAAAGCUCAAGCCAAGCCGUGCUGACGAGUUCUGCGGCUCUGGAAGGGAAAGGCCAGUUGAAGUUCACCUCCGGCCGGUGGAGCCCACAUCAUAACUGUACGCAGAUCGCAACCGCCAAUGACACGGCCAUUCGAGGAUGGGACACGAGAAGCAUGAGCCAGAUAUACUGCAUAGAAAACGCCCACGGACAGCUCGUGCGAGAUCUCGACUUUAACCCCAAUAAGCAGUACUACCUGGCUAGUUGUGGGGACGACUGCAAAGUCAAGUUCUGGGACACCCGGAACGUCGCAGACCCCGUGAAGACGUUAGAGGAGCACUCUCACUGGGUCUGGAAUGUCCGCUACAACCACUCUCAUGACCAGUUAAUCCUGACGGGCAGCAGUGACAGUCGAGUGAUUCUUUCCAACAUGGUAUCGAUUUCCUCGGAGCCCUUCGGGCACCUGGUAGACGACGACGACCUCAGCGAUCCAGAAGACCACCACCAAGAAGAAAACCGUAGGAGGUGGUCCCUUCUAGCUCUAUUUGAAAGGAGAAUUAGAAGAAAAACCUGGUCAGCGUCUAUUCAGAAGCUCCGUGAGCAGUUGAAAAUUGGCCCGUUUCCACACACGUUCUCGGCCAAGAAGCGGACAGAUCCCGAGCUGAGAGCCAGAGGACCUGGGUUCUAAUCCUACUCUGCCACUCAUCUGCUGUGUGACCUUGGAUCCAAGGAGCCUCUGGAGGACAGCGUCAUAGCCACGUACGAGGAGCACGAAGACAGCGUGUAUGCGGUGGAGUGGUCCUCAGCAGACCCGUGGCUCUUCGCCUCCCUAAGUUACGACGGAAGACUGGUGAUUAACCGAGUUCCCAGGGCGCUGAAGUAUCACAUCUUGCUCUGACUGCCCCCCGACGUCAUUUCCCGCUCUCUUCUCGGGUCCGAUAUUUGCAGUUUUUUUCCAGAUAAUCGGCCUUCCUUUUCCCAAAAAUUUCUCAAUCUGGGACUGUCCACUGCUGACUUCUUUUUUUUUUUCAGCCAUUAAAAAGAGCCACAAAAUCUCCCAUCAAUCAGUGGUCAGAUUGACUCUUUAAAAAUGUUUUCUCUCCGAGAAGGACGAGAAGGAUUUUCUUUUCAAAUGAUAUUGGUUAUGUACUGUCUCUCCUACACUUUCCAUUGAAGUAGGUGUUGGGGGAGAGGGCCAUGUGUUCUUAUCAAAUCACUACAGGUUUUCCCGGUUCUUAGGAGCUCUAUUAUUUUCAAAAGCACAAAGAUCAUUUGAUUUCUGCUUCUUUCCAAGUUUUGCUUUCCUAAAAAUAAUAAAAAAAACCCUAAUAACCCGUA